GGUAACGACCAAGAGAUCUGGUAACUGAAUUGAUCUCCUCUUCCUCUGUGUAACUUUCAUGGCUGGCUGCAUCUGGGCGGACGGUAAGGUAACGUGCGAAAACCUUUUAAAGUUGCAGUAUAUACGUGGGAAUACAGCGGCACUCAGAGUCCGGCAUAUCCACACGGCCGAUAUUUUUGGAGAGCUAAAACAAGCCACCAAAGAGAUAUCUCCGUUUGCUUCGCCCAGAUCCUCAAUUAGGGCCAUCCGCACCCGCACCCAGUCUCUCAUCCUGAUAUUCCAGCUCAACUCCCACUCUAUCUUUCUCUUCUGACCACGCCUCUUCUACCUAUCUUUACUUCACUCCAUCUCAGCCUCUAUCCGUUCCUCAUCCUUACUGUCGAUACUGCCCAUCAUGGUCAUGUCCGCCUUUGACAGAUUCAUCGACUCGCAGUUCGCCAAAUAUGAUCCAGGAAAAACGUUGACGCUCUAUCCACACAAGGUCGUCGAUCCAUAUGGCCUGGAUCUUUACGACAAUCCACCGAAAUUGGCUGUUCCAGAGGGCCAUCUCCGAGACUUCGAUCCCAAGGCUCACAGCCCCAAGACACACGGCUCUGUUGAAGUCAUCGAGCUUCUAUCAGGUGGCACCGCCGGCGGCGCUCAAGUCCUGCUGUGCAAAGUUUUGAAACAACCCGCUGAAUACAGACCGUCCCACGCCCCAUUCCCGGAGCCGCAAAGAUACGUCGUUGCCAAAAUCUUCGAUCCCAUGUUCUUCCCGGGCGACGAUGAAGUCCUCUCUGCGCUGGUUGGGAACGAUGUUCUCGCCGAGCAGCUCCUGAGCCGCGAGUCCGGAGCGUACGAGUACCUCUACGACAGGGGAAAGCCCAAACCCCCUCCAUCCGAUUCCAAGGCAAAGGGCAAGAAGCAGGAAACCAGGAACACAAUUACCGGUCACCCCAAUCUCAUCCCCCAGUACUAUGGAACCUGGGCCAUCAGGUUUAGGAUGGGCAACGGGAAGUACAGGGAGGCCGGCCUGGUUCUGAUGGAGUACAUUGAGGGCCACGCCAUCGAAGAGCUUUGCGAUAGGGACGAAGACAGCGGCUAUCUCCUCCCGGUCACCGAAGAGGUCAUCUUCCACGAUGUCGCCGGCUCGGCAAGCACGACCCAGGCCAGGAAGGUAAAGUUGACCGAGCCUUUCCGGCUGAAGGCCUUUCGCGAGAUACUCCACCAACUCGUGGUCCACAUGCACAUCAGCGUCGAACACGCCGACUUCAUCCCGGCAAACGUCAUCAUCACCCUUCGCAACCACGGGGGAAUCAAUGGUGUACGCGAGCUAGAUGAACCGCGGCCCGUCUUGCUCGAUCUCACCCUCACAAAGGUAUGGCGCAAGACAAAAGAUGCGCAAGGCCCCGGCAGGGAGCGGCACUGUCUCGAGUGGCUUCCCAACCCCCCUCACCCAAUGGAACGAGCAUCUCCCCAGGGCAUGGAGCUGUACAUUGGCUGGUUCGACGCCGAGUGGUCGAAAGAGCGGUUCGACGAGUGGUUGGUGCAAGAGUUUGGCCCUCUGGAGGAAGGCUCGGAGGAAGGCUCGACUGGAAAGUACUCUACGUUUGCCACUCUGGAUAACUUAAAGGCCGAUUAUUUCGAGAAGAGAGAUGAGGAGGCGAAGGAGGAGAUGAGAGCUCAGCAGGACGAGGCAAUCAGGCUCAUGGCUUCUGCGAGUCGCAAGGCCAGCGACGAGCGCGCGCAAGACUCGCAAAGCCGAGCAAACCCUCCCUCCACAAGCCGUCGACAGCAGAACCGAUCCGACGAGUCCACCUCGACGGAGAGUGGCGAAGAAGGCAUCCCACGCAGCUUGUACCGGAAGCUCCAGGAAGCGAAACUCGCAGCCAGCGAGAGCAGUUUUGGCGGCUCGCCGUCCCCUCGGUUGACACCCCGCUCGGCGCAGAAGUCGGUGGAGAACGAGGAGGAGAUGGAUACCAUUGAGGAGGAAUAGGAAAGUUACGCAAGUACCUUGGGUUGGGAAUAGAGGACUUGGAUUGGGUCGGAUAAGAUUAGAUUGGGUGGCCAUGUUCAUGUUGUCUCCAGAUUGACCAAGUUAUUGAGACGUGCGCUUCGUUUUCCUCAGAUUUUGAGAAAAGACCAAAAAAAAGUUUAGUAACCAAUGCAUCAUUUUUUCCAUCAC